AUGGCUACAAAGUUCGAUAUAGCUGCUUAUAGCUUUCGUAAAAAAUGCCCUUAUGUAAGCAAAGAUCUUCUUCGCUGGUUUCCCGGCCACAUGAAUAAGGGCUUAAAGCAAAUGCAGCGAAAACUGAAGUCGGUAGAUUGUGUUAUUGAAGUUCAUGAUGCCAGAAUACCAUUUACUGGUAGAAAUCCUAUUUUCACCAAUACUUUAACAGGAGCCAAACCUCAUAUUUUAGUUUUAAACAAGAGAGAUUUGACUAUUCAAUCAUUAAUACCUAAAAUUAAAGACCAACUUGCUGCUGAAGAAGGUGUACAGAAUGUAGUCUUUACAAAUUCAAAAGAUCAACAUUGUCAAGGUUUAAAAACCUUGCGACCUCUCAUGGUGAAUCUUAUUAAAGACUCGAACAGAUAUAAUAGAAGUGAAGAACUAGACUAUAAUAUAAUGAUAAUAGGAGUGCCCAAUGUGGGUAAAUCAUCUCUUAUCAACAUGUUAAGAAGUAGGCAUAUGAAUAUCAAGCAUGCUCUACCAGUUGGAGCUGUGGCCGGGAUCACAAGAAGUGUAAUGACAAAGAUAAGAAUACAUAAUGAUCCUAAGAUUUUUAUGUUUGAUACACCAGGUAUUCUGGAACCGUCUGUUACCGAUAUUGAGAUGGGCUUAAAGCUAGCUCUCUGUGCGUCCCUCCAAGAUCACUUAGUGGGUGAAGAGAUUAUAGCAGAUUAUCUUUUAUUCUGGUUGAAUAAACAUGGCAACUUUAAAUAUGUGGACUACAUGGGGUUGGAAGAACCAUGUGAUGAUAUAAAUAAGGUACUUAUAACAGGUGCCAUAAAAUAUAACAGGGUCCGACGUACCCGUGACUACGACAAUCAAACCCGGGAAGUCCCCGACAUCACAGAAGUAGCUAAGAUGAUGAUAAAGGCUUUUCGGACCGGCGAGUUGGGAAAAGCGUUGUUAGAUAUAGAAUUAUUAAAACGUAACAAAGAAAAGGAAAAAAAUAUAGCA